AUGGCGAAUUCUUCACUGGAGACCAAGUCCAGCAAAGACUCUCAGAAAAGGGUUCAUACGUACGAUUACGUCAUCAAUGAGCCCGAUAAAUGUAAAGAUGGCGCUCCAUUCCUUAUUCUUCUCAUCACCGUGGAAUGUUGGAGGAAGCAAGCUCGGCAGGCCAUUCGACAGACGUGGGGGAAGGAGGACUUUCUACCCGGAGUCAAGGUACUGCGGCUGUUCAUUGUAGGCAAGGACCAAGGGUGGACUGAGGACGGGCAGAGGUCUCUUGUUGAGGAAAGUCAGACAUUUCACGACAUCAUUCAGCAGGAUUAUUUGGACACCUACUAUAACCUGAGCACAAAGGUCAUCAACGGGUUCAACUGGAUUUCCACAUACUGCCCGAACGCCUCAUACGUCAUGAAAACGGACAGCGACAUGUUCGUCAACACCGAACAUCUAGUCUACCGUGUCUUGAAACCAGACGAGCCCCCGAGAGUAAACUACUUCACUGGAUAUAUGAUGAUCAACGGAACGCCGAUCCGGAAUCUGGACAGCAAGUGGUACGUUCCUCCCGAAGAAUACCCCGAGGACAGUUAUCCGUUGUUUUGCUCCGGGACCGGCUACGCCUUCUCUGGAGACCUGGCAACCAAGAUCGUCAAAGUCUCCCCAGCCAUCAGAUGGAUCCAUCUGGAGGACGCCUUUGUUGGCCUUUGUCUCGACAAGUUGGGGGUUCUGCCGGAGGCCCCACCAAAGGACACCGACUUCAACCCCUGGAAGGUGGUCUACUCAGACUGUGAAUACAGCAAGAUUGUGACGUCUCACGAAUUCAGUCCGGGGGAAAUGAUAUACUAUUGGAACCAGUUACAGCAAAAUAAACAGAAAUGUGUCUGA